AUGCCUGACUACUUCAAUGACGAUAUCAAGGCAAAUGACAAGUCGUCAGACUUCGAAGAGCAUCCUGACGUACAAGCAGCACCUGUGUACCAUGAUGGUCAGCCCAUUGAUUUCGCCGAGAAAGCAGACCUUCGUCGCGGGCUCCAUCAAAGGCACAUACAGAUGAUCGCUCUGGCUGGCGCAAUUGGCACAGGUCUGUUUCUCGGAAGUGGCAAAGCCAUUGCAAACGCAGGACCACUGGGCGCCUUUCUCGGCUACCUCUUCGUUGGCAUUCUGGUGACAGGACCAGUUUUCUCUGUCGCUGAAAUGAGCGCGCUGGUACCGCUCAGUGGAGGCAUCAUCAGACACGCCGAGUACUUUGUCGAUCCUGCGCUAGCAUUUGCUAAUGGCUGGAACACCGUCUACUCAACGAUAGUCUCCAUCCCAGCAGAGAUUGUGGCGGCAGCGGUGCUGAUGGACUUUUGGGUCUCGGUAAACAAUGCUGUAUGGAUCACUGUGUUCGGAGCUGCACUCCUCCUGGCCAAUAUUGUCCUUGUCAGAAUAUACGGCGAGCUGGAAUUUACUUUUGCAAUGCUGAAGAUUAUGCUCAUUUUCGGCGUCAACAUGAUGGCGCUAGUGAUCGCAUGUGGUGGAGGGCCUGAUCGCCAUGCCUAUGGCUUCCAGUAUUGGCGCAACCCAGGACCGUUCGUGCAGUAUCUUGGAGUCAGUGGAUCCACCGGCAAAUUCCUUGGGUUUUGGACGGUCUUCAACAAUGCUGUCUACGCUUAUGCUGGCGUUGAGAGUGUCUCCCUUGCCGCAGCUGAGACUCGGAAUCCCAGGAGAAACAUCCCCAUUGCGGCAAAGCGCAUCUUUUGGCGCGUUGGCAUCUUCUACGUCCUUUCGAUCUUCAUGGUAGGACUGAUCGUACCUUCCAACGACAAGAAUCUCCUGGCAUCGACUGGAAAUGCCGCGCAAUCCCCAUUCGUGAUUGCAGCGUCUCGCGCUGGCAUCAAAGUGGUGCCGUCUAUCAUCAAUGCCGCAGUUCUGACCAGUGCUUGGUCAUCGGGCAAUUCUGGACUCCUGGGAUGCUCACGAAUCCUUUUUGGCAUGGCUCGCGAUGGACGCGCACCGAAAGUGUUCAAGCGCACGAGUCGCUUCGGGAUACCGUACGUCGCAGUCGGCUUCCUCAGCAUCUUUGCGUGUUUAGGAUACAUGACGCUCUCGAACAAUGCUUCGACUGUCUUUAGCUGGCUGCAAGACUUGGUGUCUGUGUCGACAUUAGUCAACUGGACUACGAUCUGCGCGGUGUAUUUGAGGUUCUAUUACGGGAUGCAGAAGCAAGGCAUCAGUCGUGAUCGACUGCCUUGGAAAGGGUUUGGGCAGCCGUAUCUCGCAUGGACUGGGGUCAUCGCUUUCCAGAUCCUGUUGCUGACGGGCGGAUAUUCGACGUUCAUGAAAGGCCAUUGGGACACCGAGACGUUUGUCUCGUCUUACAUCAACAUUCCGAUCUUUGCGUGCCUGUACUUUGGAUACAAGUUCUUUACGAAGGCGAAGGUCAUUGCGCUGGAGCAGAUUCCGAUUCAGAAAUACAUCGACAUCGCCGAGCACAAUCCCGAACCUCCCGCAAGACCGGUGACGGGAUGGCGACGGUUCAAUAUUCUGUGGAGUUAG